ACGAGAGUUCAUGAUCAAGCCAAACAAACAACGCCAUCACCCCCACUUGUCCUUUCACCAUGAAGCUCGUCCGCUUUCUCAUGAAACUCAACAAUGAGACCGUCACGAUAGAGCUCAAGAAUGGAUCAGUGGUGCAUGGGACGAUAACAGGUGUGGAUGUCCAGAUGAACACGCAUCUCAAGACCGUGAAAAUAACGGCGCGCAAUCGCGACCCGACGUCGCUGGACUCGCUCUCCAUUCGCGGGAACAACAUCCGCUACUUCAUCUUGCCUGAUGCCCUCCCACUGGACACGCUUCUCGUGGACGAUGCACCGAAGCCGAAGAGCAGGAAGAAGGAGCUCGAUGCGGCGCGUGGACGCGGCAGGGGGCGUGGUGGAGAUCGCGGGCGCGGUGGGCGAGGACGCGGUGGAGGAGGACGCGGUCGUGGGCGAGGCUUCUAAGCCAUAAUGCUCAGAACUCCCGUAUUCGAUCGUGCGCGUCGCCGAAACUCGUCGUCCCGACAGACUCUGCGAUGAUGGAGAUGCGUUUAUCAGGGCAGUUAUGACCCAAAAAGACGUUACGUCCGUGUAUCAUCUCUGUUGUGUCAUUCAAUUUUACUUCUUUCUUGUACGCUGGGCGAAGUGCAUGCCUCUGGCUUCGCGUCUGU